UCGAGUCAGAGAUUCAGGCCAGGUCGUAGUCAGCGUGUUUUCUCUCGCUAUAUUUAACCGCGCCUUCAAAAAUACUCACUUUUCCCAUUCAGGACUUUUUAAAGUUAGUUUUCGUACUCAAAAAUGUUGUGAAACAAUCACAAAACUGUGAAUUAAACUGCUCAAGUGACAGAGUAAAAGAGGAUAUAGUGUGCCACGUCGUGAGUUUCAGUUGUUUUAGUGACGCGUGUGUGACUUGACUCGCUCGUGAACACAUUUGUGGAUUACCUACCUACCAUUUUGGAUACUAUUAUUAUUACACAAUUCCUUCUACAUUCUAGGAUACCAAUACCUUUUGGCAGGUGGUCAAAUAUUUGGAUUAACGGGAUAUUAUUGUAUUGGAUUGUUUGCUGUUGUUUUUUGAGAUAAUGGAAAUGGAUUGUUCGCGGACACUGAGCCGGCUCUGGUUCACUGCUGGCUAAAAUAAAAGACUAUCGGUCGAGCGCGAUUGAGCAGGUUGUCGCCUGCAGAUUAUGGAUGUUUCCUUCACCAACGUAUUGGAGGGGGCGCGUCAGUAUUUCCAGGGGCUUCCGUCGGGCAACGCGGCAGCAGCAGCAGCGGCAGCCGCGGCGGCCAGCCCCUACUUCCAGCAGCAACAGCACCAGCAAACCGCGCAGCCGCGUCAAGCCGCCGCAGAACAGCACCAACAGCGUGGGAAUCCGGCGACGGGGACACCUCAAACUCAUUGGCAACACCAUAAUGUCCCACCAGAACUCAACAGGCCACCGGCGAGAGAACACACUCCCGUCCAAAGACCACCUUCAGCGUCGAGACCUCCAUCCGGCCCAGCGCAAUACCAAGAGAUUCCCAGGCAGUACCACAAUCUGUAUCCUCAAGAGCAACAUCCUCCAACCUCGACAGCACAGCUAGGUUUCCAGUUCACCAGGCCUCAGUCACGGGAAACCUCUAAUCAUCAAUACCAACCGCACAUUGUUACCAGCUCCCCCUAUCAUCCGCCCGAAUCUCCUCAAAUAGCUCGAAAUCCAGCAACAAGGGAACAAUUGCCAAUUGUUUCGAGUCAAAGUCAGAGUUAUCAACAGGCCUAUCAAGCUCCGACGUCACAGUAUACGUAUCAUCAGCGUCCACACUAUCCUAAUCAGCCUAAAACUACUGUUAGUUAUGCGACAGGGCAAUACCAAGCGACCCCACAGGGUCAAUAUUACAAACAGAAAGCUUACGCCCCUCCUACGCCGAGUGUAUCAGGGCAGCAAAGCAGUUAUCAGGGCAGUAAUCAGCAACAAACCUAUAGAACGACGCAUAAUCUUCCACCUAUCGCUGCAUUAUCGAACUACCAGUCCAGUAAAAAUGUCACGAAAGAGCAAACUCCGAAAGUUGCUCUUCCCCGAACCAGGUUACCGUCAUCAAGCGCUUAUUCUCACGUAACACAUACAGUAUCAGCUCAACAGCCUCUAACUAAACGAGAAGACAGGCCUCUGGUUAACUCUAACCUCAAUUACAAUCACUACCGUGUCCCUCCUGUACAAAACCAUCAACCAGUCGUCUCACAGGUCGUCACACAACCAGUUAAUUCGUACGGGAACGUUUCAAAUAAUUCUUAUUACAAUGCAACUCAACAUCAGGAAUAUUUCAAUCACCCCAAACCAGCUGAAGUUCAGAAUGUACCGAGGGUUCAGUCUAGAGAACAACAUCCUGCAAACUUCCAAAGGGUGAAUGUGAUUAAUGAACCGAUCAAACAGAAAAGAGAAAGUCCUCUAGAUCUGUCUGUGAAGACUGUUAGAACUUCUGCAGAUUCUACUGAAGAGGGUGAAAAAUCUGGUGGUAUUAUUAAACACACUCCAAGUAAAAAUACAACCGUGACUCAUAGUUAUCCCACUUUGGAUAUAAACACUAUUCAGAUAAAUUUAACUCACCGAUCUCAGGCCGCUGCAGUGUCAGCACCUAAAGUAGAGUUUCAGCCAGAUUUCAAUCACCCUCGUAACUCUGGGUGGAGUCCUAAAAGAAAUACUACGGAGGCUUUGAGAAAAAGUUCCUACGAACAAAACAACACGAAUAUUAGGCCUGAUUACUCUCAAAUCUACCAGGAUAAACGGUUUCAUAACGGACAUGUUCCUUCAACUUCCGUUCAUAUGCAGGUCUCACCCAAAGGUGCUAUUCGAGCAGAAUUCAGUAGUUCUACUAGUCAAAAGUCGUUCUCUUAUGAUAAUCCGGCGAAGAGGCCUAGCGAGUUACCUCCGCCGGUGAUACCUCACAAAAUCCCUAAAGUUGAAAACUGGAGACAGUCUAUCGAUUUCCAGAUUGAACAAAAGCUUUCUCAUUACAAGCAACAACAGUUGAUGGGACACCAACAACAUUCCCAACAACACAGUCCGUCUAUUUCAACGUCAGUGAUCUCUCAUGGUUAUCCAGAUCAAAAUUACCAACAGGCAGCUUAUAACAAGCAGAAUUUCAAGCCUAAUCAUGGGUUUCCUCAAGAACCUGUCACAGUAAAUCAUCAGUAUUCGACGUAUAAUCAACCGAAACAGUUGUAUUUAAAUCCGGCAAGUCGGUCUAACUCUAGUCCCUUGUUACCGACUACUAGUAGACAAUCUGCUACGGGAUCGGUGAACAAGCGUGUUUUGAACUUGCUCAGAAACACUAUCGAGGUGAAGGAGCAGAAAAAACUCGAACAACAAAAGUCUCACGAUGUUAUAUCGCAAAGAUCGGAUAUUCAUUACCCUAACACCGAUGUUAAAGCUCCUUUACAGCCUAAACCUGCGAUAGAUCGGAACAACGUAUCUCCAGUACCGCCCGCUAGCGUCCAGGACAUCAAAGAACUUGUUGGGAACGCUAAUGCAGUCAUGAACGGUAGUUCUUCGGAUGCUCACAUCGAGUACCUCGAAACUGUCCUCGAGAUUAGAGUUAGAACGAAAGGGGAACUAAAACAACUGCACACAGAAAACAACAACGCAGCUAGGGACGCUAUUAUUCAACUGAUUAUCGAAGAUCAAAUGAAAUCUCCUCAAAGACCGACAGUUCAGCAGAUAUCGAGUUGUUCCAGUACAACGAGCGGCAGUACGAGUCCUCCUAAACUACUCAAAGAGCGCCAGGCCGCAAUGGCACCGAGAAAAAGACUGUUCAGUAGAAACGAAGAGGAGUCAGCCAAAAAUGGAGUACCCGGAAGAGACAAGUCUGGCCUAAGAAGCUCUUCGGAGACUUCUGUUUUUGACUUUCCUGACUCAGAUGAUGAAAACGAAAUGCCAGUGUUGGAAAGACAGUCCUUGGAAGCUAUGAGGAGGGAUAGGAGGAACUCUUUGAAACCUGCAGGUGUUUCUGUCAGUGUUUCAGAUAAUGAAAUCAAAAUGGAGCCUCCUUUCAGGCCUAGCACUCCUGAAGAUGAUAUUUUUGGUUCUAUUUGCGAUACUUUUGUAGAACAAUUGAAAAAAUCACCAGUUAAAAGGGUCAAAAGAAAAACAAGUGAAGUACAAAUUAAAAAAGAAGUAGAUAGUGAAACAACUAUGGUGAAACAAGAACCCGAAUCUGAACCAUUGACAGCUAUUGUUAAGGAAGAACCGAUGUCACUCCCUAGUUCGUCGAAUUGUGAAACACCCUUGGUAGAGAAUAUUAUCAAAAGCGACUCUGAUUCGGAUAGUGAGAUAACAAAAGAUGAGACUUUGGCGAUGAUUAGGAACAAACGAAAGGUUAGAAGAAAAGUUCUCAGUACCAGUGAGAGUAGUGACGAGGAAGGUGAAAAAAUACCAACUAAAGAUGUUAAAUUAGAGGAAGAAGCCAACAAACCUUUGGACGAAAAUAGUAAAGUUGAAGAAGAUGAGUCCCAAGUGUUGAAAAUCGAAAUCAAACAAGAAAUAACUGACGAAAUCAAACAGGAAGUUACCACGGAGUCUGAAGUACCCGAAGAACGACGCAAAUCCACCGAUUCCGUAAUAGUCCGACCUGCCAAAAAACCCUUGUUUGGUGAUGGUUCAGAUUUCUAUCCCGGUUGGGAAGAGGAAGUUUGUAACUACAAGAAAUCCCUUCGCAUGCCUCCAAGUUUAAUCCAGGUCACCAGACCUCCAGCUUCAAUGAGACUGUCAACUUCCCUUCCCGAUUUAGAUCCAUGUCCUCAAUCUCCGACAACCUCAGUAACGACUGAAGUAGAGAUUAAGGAACCUUCCAGCAAGAAGUGCAUCAAAAAGUUCAAAUCCGAGCCGAUAGACAGCGACAGCGAGAGUACAAGUAGCUUUAAUUUAUUCUCUAAGAAAACUAACUAUGAUUCUGAAGGGUCCUCAUCGAUUAGGAGUCUACCAAAUACGAAAAUGGAGAAUCUGUCGAUACUGGAUAGACUUUUGGAGAAGUGCGGUGGAAAGAAAAAAAGGAGGGUUAAGAGAAAGGAGGAUCACAGUCCGAAGGUUGUUCCUAAGUCUGAUAAUGGGGUGGAGUUACUUGCAACUCCCACUCCAAGUAUAGCGUUAUCAGAAAAAUCUCCGGAAAAAUCUAAGGGCCUUAAAUCACCUGUCAUCAAUGCCAAAUCAGCUGUGCUUCCUUUCCGAAAAGAUACAGUCAACAACUUCAAGGACGCUUUUAUCAAUAGUGGCAGCAGUGUUUUGGGUGUGCAUGACAAGUUCACCACUAUAGUUAUGUCAUCUCGGACUCGUAAAGAAACGCGAGCCAUGAAACAGAGGGCCACUAUUAAGGAAGUUUUCGGUGAAGACAGACCUGCAUCUGCACCUCCAGUCACUUGUAUAAACGAUGCACAAAUCAAGGAGGAACUCAAAGACUUAGAACCCUUCUCCAAAACCUUGGAGGAGAUACUGGUUGUCAAGAAAGAAAACGUCAGUCCUUCGAACAACCGAAACUGUUUGAGGAAGAUUAUGAAGGACAAACUGACCAACAGCGAGAGUACCAGUUUGCUGAAGGAACUAGUUAAUAGAAAGAUCAAGACUGAAGUUUUUGACGACGAGUACAACGAGGAUAACGUUUCCAUCAUGGACUUUAUAAGAAGAGACAUUGAUGCUAGAUCUGAAACGACUUCCUUGGAUGGAGACGAGACUAUGGAUGGAAGUAUCUCUGGAAAGAGGCGUAGUAGGUUCGGGAAAAUGCGACGGAAACUUAGUUCCGGUUUCGAUUAUAUUCGGAAGAAGAAGAAGGUUAAGAAAGAAGAGACUACGGAGAGCAGUAGUGUAGAGAGGAGAAGAAGGGUUGUUACUAAGGCUCCUGAGUCGGUUGAUGACAUACAGAAAGAGAUAAAGACUUGGGUGAUGAACAAAGGGAUUGGGGAGACCCAUCUUCAUAGGGCUGCGAGACUUGGGUAUGAGGACAUAACGGCCUAUUGUUUGGAGAAAAUGGAAUGCAACCCAUCUCCAAAGGACAAUGCAGGCUAUACUCCACUUCAUGAAGCUUGUAUACGGGGUCACUUAGAAAUUGCCAGGUUUCUGUUACAGUACGGCGCAAAUGUACAUGAAUCUGCUCAAGGCGGUGUCAGGCCUCUCCAUGAAGCUGUUGAGAAUGGUUUCGUGGAAAUUGUUAGACUGUUGCUCUCGUACGGAGCCGAUCCUUCUUUGGCUACUUACUCGGGAGUAACUCCUCUCUCUUUAGCAGCAGACGAGACGACAAGAAAGCUACUAAUGAGCUAUAUGACAGAUAAAGAAGGAGAGAGCGGUGGAGGACCGUGGGAGUUCCAAGGACCAGCUUCAUGCUUUGAUCCGGAAGAGUCCGGAUACGAUAUCUUGGACGACGCACCGGAAGCCGACGCAGAUCCGGAACUCGAAGACAUCGAUAUCGACAUGUCCGAAACCCUUCCCCCUAACCUCUACACUCUGCGCGGCGAGCCCCCCACAGAACGCUGGGUCCUGCUGCAAGAUCUCUCCAACCAACUCAAAAUCAAAUCGCGCGACGCCCUCUUACGUCAAAUCGCGCCACCUACCUCACCAAACGCACCCGUCAACUACAAGAGCGUGCUGCGCGAACUGAAAAUGACGGACUUCCUCGAACAGGCGCACUGUUGCCAGUUCCUCAAUAUGGGCGAGAAAAUCAACACCAGGGCUACGAAAAUAGCGCUGGUCAAGUACAGUGACAAGGUGAAGGAACUGCUGGGUAUAGAAACGACGGUGGUGACGUCUAGGUGACGUACGUCUUAGUGGUUCACACGUUGGGACGUCAAUUUUUGUAUAUAUAAGUGAUUAACGUGAAACCGGUGAUAUUUUUGUUUAUUUUCUAUUUUUAUUUCGGUUUAGUGUGAAUACGUCGAACUGGCAACAACGUUGAUAUUUUUUGUGAUGUUUUCUUACAUUUUUUUUGUUUGUGUACCGCGUGAUCGGAAUAAAAAUGACGUCGCUUUACUAUAUCAAAGUUUACAGAAUGAAAAUAAUAAAAAAAUAUUUUAAUUCUUUAAACUUUAACUAUAUCCAUAAAUGGAGUUUUUGACAGUGAGUUUCAUUCUGUCUCUAUCAUGACAUGCCAAUAUUUAAAUGGGUGUGACAACCUAUUUAAAAAAAAACAACAACUUCAUGUUGUAAUAUAUCAUAAAAAUGUAUCUUUUGAGAUACAGGGUGCUAAAAUUUUCUAAAAUAACACUUUUUUCAUAAUUACUCUGAUUUUAUUAAACAGUCAGUAUCCCCGGAUUAUCUUUACAAGAGGAAAAACGUUUUAAUAUUGACAUCUUGAGCAAAAUACAUUCUUCAUAAAAAAAUUGUUCUAAAAUGGUUAAUCCCGUUUAUACUUUUCCAAAUUUUCAUACUCAUUUAAAGAAUUAAAAAAAAACGUGAAAAGACGAUUGAAAAGUCCUAAAAAUUAAAAGGCGUUUCUAUGGUAAUAGGAUUUCGAUGAAAUCUUUGACAGAUGGUUAUUAUUCAUUUUGAUUAACGUCAUAUUUUUUGGUGUUGUUAAUGUAUCACGUUUUCCAAUAACUAUUAUCACCCUUUCUGUAGGAACCUAAAUAAAUGUGCUUUAACAUUUUAAAACAGCAAAAAAUAUGAUGUUAAUUAAAAUUCUAUCAAUAACAAUCUAUCAAAGAAUAAAAACGACAUUCUAUGUUUGCCUUUUAAUUUUUAGGAUUCUUUCUUCAUUAUCCGUUGUUCCUGUCAAGAAUUUCAUGGAUAGAUAUAGUAAAACUUAAAUUGAAUUUUUCUACGCCUACCAUGACGACGUUUUUAUUCGAUCACGCGGUAUAAUUUUAUGCAAUUCUAUUGGUGCAUAUAACGGAAUCUAUUGAUUUUGUUAAUGUUAUUUAGUUACCAAGUCUAAGAGAAGAUGUUUUUUUAAGUAGGACAUUUUUUGAAUUUAAGUGCAAUCAUUGUUGUUUUAUCAAAUAUUUUUUUAAAAAAUUGUAUUGAUUUUAUUCAUACAAAAGUUGUGUGUAACUUCAAAAUUAUUUUUAUUACGCCUGAUAAUUUUUUCGAAAAUUAAUUUUUUAAGUUUCUUAUUUAAUCAAUUUUGGUGUCCAGUGGAUUCCAAAUAUUUUUUUAACAAAACUUGAUAUUUUCUUAAGUUAAAAACAAUCAACAGAAUUCAUUACUUUUUUAUUUGAAACAACUAGAUUAACUAUUUGUCAAACGAAUAGUACAGAAAAAAACAUAAUUUAGAAAAUUUUAUAUUAUAUUUUGUUAUUAAUAAAUUAGUAUUAUUAUAUAAUUCGUUUUCAAGCUCAGGGAUCUUAUAACUAACUUGUUUUUUUUUCUUUAUGUCUCUUUAAGAACGCGGUAAAUUUGAAUGGAAAUUAUUCAAUUCAACAAACGAUUUUUUUCGAGAAAAAAAAUGGUGUCAGAGUAGCCCUCGACCGUUGUUUCGAAGGCUGCCACGACAUCGUUUCUUUUUCUUAAUUUUUUAUGGUAUUAAUUUUGCAACAACAAACUCAAUACAAAUCAAAGUCCUAUUACAGAAUAAUAAAAUAUUUUUAAAACGAUAUUAGUGUAUAGAGUUUUACAAAAAAAAAACAGAGUCGCUAUUUUUAUUUUCCUGCUUUUUAAUAAUAUUAAACGAUAGAAAAAAUAGUAGUAAAUGUGUAUAUUGAUGUAUUUAUUUUUUACGUCCGCCAUUGUGCGGGUUUGUACAGUUAAUAUUAUCUGUGAUUCAAUGAAUAAAUAGGAAAAAAAAAUCUACGUGAAUGAAAUUUGGUGAGGCAGAGUGCAAUGCUUCGGAGAGAAAAAGUUGUGAUUUUGCCGACUCGUGCUAUUAUUAUUAUUAUUAUCAGUGUUGUAGAAUAAUUAUAUUUAAUUUAUGACUAAUUUUUCACAUUUUUAAUGUUCAUUUUUUUUCUCUCUUUUUUGUUUCAUAUAAAAUAUGUGGACAGA